UCCCACUAGAUCUGUUUCCUGGUGGCCAAGAACACACCGGGACAGUCAGCAUGUUCCGGGCAGGUUAUCCACUUCCGGUCAGCCAUGGAGAGGUUCAGAUGUCGAGUAAAUCACUGAGCGCAACAAGCUCCCCACUGCCCUCUGGCGCCAUGUGUGAGGAUGGACGCCCCUACGUCACAGACCCCAUCACCGGAAGACAGGUGUGUCUGUGUAACCUAGGAGUGGACACGCCCCCUUACGGACCCCCCAGGUCGGCGGCUGCCGGGGACGGACUCAAGCACGCGUCACUUCCGGCGGCUGCUGGGGUUGGCACCACGCCCCAUCUCACCUUUGACCCUUCCGCUUUUUAUCCUCCUCUGGUACGAGGCCUCCCACUCCGACAAGACAGACUUCCACCUUACCUGACAGCGGGCAUGCCAGGUCAACCUCCUGUGACCUUUGACCCUGUACUGGCGGCUCACCCAUACGGACUGUUGUACGCGGGCAUGGACAUGGCGGGGAACCCGAUGCGGAAAGCCGCCACAAGGGAGACCACGGGACCCCUCAAGGCCUGGCUGAGUGAGCACAAGAAAAACCCCUACCCGACCAAAGCCGAGAAGAUCAUGCUGGCCAUUAUCACACGGAUGACGCUCACACAGGUGAGCACAUGGUUCGCCAAUGCUCGACGCCGGCUGAAGAAAGAGAACAAGCUGUUUCCAGGAGACAGAGACGACAAAGAUGACGAUGACGAAGACGAUGAGGCUCACAGAAGGGAGGAUGGGGAGUCGGUGCAUGAAGGGAACUCCAUCAAUACUUCAGGUCCCCACAAACCAGCCCCCUUAGACAGCGACAGUGAAGACAUCAACGUGGACUCCUCCGACAACUCGGACGACGAAGACCACCCCAACUCCUCCCACCACAGACACAUCACAGACGCCAAGUCCCCUCACCUCCUCUCCCAGGACAAACACACGUCGUCUCUCUCAGACUUCUCCUUCCAGUCUCUGUCCGCGGAACAGCGAGGACUUCUGAGGCACCACGCUCUCGACUUCAGCCAGAGCUCUCUACAGAGAAAAACAGAUGGGAACGUUUACAAAUUAACGGGUGACAACUGCAAAGAUGAUGACGUCAUAUCAGGGUCAAGGCAUAACCACAAACAAGGAGACAUAAACAAUGCGUCUUCCACUCUCGAUUCAAAUUCACCUUUGAAAAAAUCAAAUUCUUUAUCAUCGAAGCCCAAAAUCUGGUCAAUUUCUGAAAUCAUCAGUAGCCCUUCAUCGUCUACGUCCAAAAAUUCUGAAGCGCAUCAAAAGGAUUUAGAUUCUACCAGAGAGUAUUGUAACUACACCCCGCCCCUACCGCAAACUCAAUCAAAGAUGAAACUUCCAUCCUCAAAGACGUCACAUACCCCACCGACUUCUCCCGGAUCUGAGGAAAGAUCCUCCCAUCAGUUCUCGCCCGGCGCCGACAACAACUAUUUGUCCACCUUGAUAUAUGCACACGCACCAACACAACACCCAGCGCACUCUUCAUUCAAACACUACACAGUCGGUUCUAUGCCAGACUUGAGGCAUUCAAUGUCGAACCACACCGUCAGACAUUCGGAACUUUCUCUGUCUCCAGCCCGUUGGGGUUCCAGUGAGCUGAGACCCGAAAACUCUCUCGUCCGACAAAGGAGACUCCUACAACAAAGCAGCUCUCCCAUAGCACCUUGUCCCCAAAAGACUCACGAAACCGUCAGAGGCUGGAUGGCUAAAAAUGAGGAUUACAUCAUUCGCUGCCGGAAUGCUUUAUCGCUCGACUCCGCGAAGCCGCCGUCGAGCACAAGCGGCUCAAUGGAGCACCAUUCCCAGCAUCCCCACUCCGACGUCACUUCUUCUCCGCGAAGAAAAUCUGUGGGAGAAAGUUUUUCAUCACCGGUGUGUGGCUCAGAGUUUGGGAAACACCCUUUACAAAUUCCAGGAAGUUCUAACACAAGCACUCCCUCUUCUUACAUGGACAAAGGUCAUAGUUCAUCCCGCACAAAGAGCGUGAUAUCAUCUCCAGUAAGUCCGACAACCCUUGUGAAAACAUCUACAUUGACCGGAGUUCCGUGUUCUGAGCCUAGCAGGAACAUGUCUAUGACGCCAGAGGACAAUCACAUACCAACAAAAAGGGGUAAACUGACCGCACCGGGACCUGAAAGGUCUGAGGUUUUGUCUCCACACAGACGGGAGAAUGGAACUUUCAACAGUAAUACUUCAGACCAAGAUUCGAACGAUGGAAUAUCGGGUACGGAUAAUAUGAUGUCCUGUAGCUGAUUGGAACAGGGUAGUUAACGAAGCUUAAAUUUUCGUUGCGCAUUGUGCGUAAGAUGAGAGACUCAUUUGAUGUAGAAGUAGAAGUGUGCAUGACCAAAUAUAGGCUGUUCCCAUGGAAUACUGCAUGUCUUUGUUUGUGUACAUUUGUAUAUGUGAGUGUGUGGAUGUGUGUGAGAUAGAUAGAUAGAUAGAUAGAU